GCGAAAUUAUUUCACCGAAAUCCUCGAUUAAAUUGCUAAAAUUAAGAUUUAUACACAAUGAAUUUCAAACCCUUCUUCUGUCUUCUGUUUUUCCUUAUAAAGCCUUGCACUGCGCAGUUUAAAAUGGAGACAUGCUCUGGAGGAAUUUGUUUAAGAAACAAAACAUACAGAUCUACAGAGGGCCCUCUUUAUGUUAAAGUUGUAUUAUAUCUAAUUCAAUUGCACGAAAUCAAUAUUCUACGCAGAGCUGUAAAUGUGGAAGUGUUUACAAGAUUUUCUUGGUUUGAGGAAAGAAUUACAGCAAAUGAAACGAAUCUACAGGUGGACUCAGAUUUGAAGAAACAUCUCUUAAUUCCUGAAACUAGAAUUGUUAAUGUUAGAAGUUUAAAUAAACUUGACAUGGUUCAGGGAACCAAACACGACAUUUACGUUAGCAAGAUAAUUAACGGCAAGGGAGCUGUUCUAACCUUCAGCUACAAAUCUGAAGUUGAGUUUGGUUGUGAUAUGGAUUUUAAUAUGUAUCCAUUCAACAAUAUUAAUUGUAAUUAUAAAAUUACAAGCUCUACACGGGACUCUAGUGAACUAGUAUUCCAGAGUGAAGAUAUUCGUGUAACAGACCAGUUUGUUUUCCAGUUUGAUAGUGAUUACGACAUGACAUUCUACCCAACACUAAAAGAUAACCUGGUUCCUUCGCUAUUAUUAAAAGAUAGAACAUAUUCCCUGGUUGGUUUCAGAAUUGGACUUAAAUAUCGUCCUCUAGAGGCUCUUCUAGUUCAUUAUCUUCCAGCUUUUCUCUUGGUUUCUGUAAGCUACUUAUCUUAUGUGAUACCUAUGUCAGGAUCAUCUUAUAAGAUUGUUCUUGUAAUGUUGGUCAUAAUUGGUUUGUUAAACCAGUUCAACAGUUUGAAUAGAGUUGCCCCUAAAGGAGGGAAAGGACCAACUGCUGCAGCUGUUUACCUGAUGGCCUGUGUAUUAAACUCCAGUUUGUGUAUGGGUCUUAAUGUUUUAGUUUUCAGGUAUAAAGUUGAUGCUAUCCUCUCUAAAAGAGUAAACUUCUAUUGUGGACUACUCAAUUUAUUCCUAUUUCUGCUUUUUAAUAUUCUAUACUGGCCUGCUGUUAUAACCAAGAUCAGACAAUAAUUAAGAAAAAUAUAUAUAAGCAUUUUCCACUUUUCUGUUGUAAAAAACACAAAAAUAAAUUCAUAUUUGAA